GAUCACGUGACAUCCGGGUUGAUCCAUUAGCUUCCCUUGAAAGUAUGAAUUCCGUUUGUGUCUUUCUCUUGAUCGCUCUCGGCGUCGCAGCUGCGGACGAAGCUCACGUGCACGACCACGACCUAUCAGACGAGCAACAUUUCGAUACCGACGGCGAGCACAACAAGGAAUACGACCACGAGGCGUUCGUCGGGAGGGACGAGGCUGCAGCAUAUGAUGAACUGACGCCUGAAGAGUCGAAAGAAAGGUUAAGGAAAUUGGUUGUGAAAAUUGACACUGAUGGAGAUCAGUUUGUGACACUGGAAGAAAUGAAAGAAUGGAUUGCUAAACAGUUGAGGAAAUACAUCUACAGUGAUAUUGAGGGACAAUUUUCAGGUAAUGAUAUGGACUCGGACAAACAUGUCACGUGGGAAGAGUAUAAAAACUCAACGUAUUCGUAUGUUGAUGAAAAUGAGUUUGAUAAUGAUCCUAAUAUGCAGCAGAUGCUAGGCCGUGACUUGAAGAGGUUUGGGAAAGCAGACGUGAACAAUGAUAGCAAGCUCAGCGAGGAGGAAUACGUCUACUUCAUUCAUCCAGAAGAAUCGGCACACAUGGGAGACAUCAUUGUUGACGAGACUUUGGAAGAUUUGGACAAAGAUCAUGAUGGUAGUUUGUCUCUUGAAGAAUAUCUUGGUGAUCCAGGAGUGGAUCCUGACACUGGAGAGAUGCCAGAGUGGGUGAAGAGUGAAACAGAGACGUUCAAGAAUGUGCGCGAUAAGAAUGGUGAUGAAAAGAUGGACAAGGACGAGAUCAAAGAAUGGAUUAUGCCAGGCAGCAAUUCUCACGUAGAAGAUGAAGCUAAACAUCUUGUUGAGUCAGCCGACAAAGAUCAGGAUGGAAAACUCUCAAUUGAAGAGAUCGUGUCUCAGUAUGAUCUGUUUGUUGGCAGUCAAGCAACAGACUAUGGCUCACUACUGGAGACUCACGAUGAACUUUAAAUUUUGGACUCGUAGGCGUAAUUGGUGAUUGGAUUAGUGGACUCGUGAUACGCAAGCACUUGGCAUUCUUGGUUGAUAUUGUGGUUUUUUGUCAUCAAUAAACCAUAUGCAUGAUGUAGGCAAUGAAAAAA